UUAUUAAGGGUGUUCGGCACACAGAGUCUGUUUGUUGGUUUUAUGUUUCGCUUGAAUUAAACAGGACAUUUCCUGCUAUAAAACCGUCAUACCUAGAGCUAAAAACAUCAGAACUGAACCUGAAUCUGAUUCCACACCAGCUAUGGACAAAGUUGUGUUCCUGCUCUCCAUCCUGUCGCUGGGUGUCUCCUCUCAGUCCAUCACAGACAGCCAGCGUCUCUUCACCAUUGCUGUGAGCAGAGUUCAACACCUGCACCUGCUGGCCCAGAGACUCUUCGCUGACUUUGAAAGCUCUUUGCAGACGGAGGAGCAGCGUCAGCUCAAUAAAAUCUUCCUGCAGGACUUUUGUAACUCAGAUUACAUUAUCAGCCCCAUUGACAAACAUGAGACCCAGCGCAGCUCUGUGCUGAAGCUGUUAUCAAUUUCCUAUCGGCUGAUUGAAUCUUGGGAGUUUCCCAGCCGGUCUCUGUAUGGAGGUUCUGCUCAAAGAUACCAAAUUCCCCCCAAACUUUCGGAGCUGAUGAGAGGGAUCCAGCUACUCAUCAAGGCCAAUGAGGAUGGUGUAGAGAUGUUCUCUGACAGCGUGGUACCACAGCUAGCGCCGUAUGGAAAUUACUACCAAAGCCUGGGAGAAGAUGAGUCUCUGAGACGCAGCUAUGAACUUCUGGCUUGCUUCAAGAAGGACAUGCAUAAGGUGGAGACCUACCUGACUGUGGCUAAAUGUCGACUCUCGACCGAAGCUAAUUGCACUUUGUAGUCCCCUACGUCGAGAAGGUGACGUUACUGUGUGUGUUCUGUAGCCCUCUGCCGGACUCUGUUAAUUAGCAUUACACUCUUUCUAAUGGUUUAUUGUUGCAGGUUUAACAAAAAUAUGUUAAACUGUCAGCACAUGAAAUAAAGUUUGGUUGUUCCUGAAA